GUAGAGGUGUUGUAGCUCAGGCUGGUCUUGCAUACAUCUUAUUUUCUUAUAAACAUAUAUCUUUUUUUUUUUUUUUUUUUUUUUUUCUAAAACGAAAACCAAUUUAAAAUGCCUGGAUUAAGAAAUCUUGUUGGAGCGGUGGUUGGAUUGGCAGCAGUAGCAUCGGCUCUCCCAGCGCUACCUAGGCUUAAUGAGAGAGCGUUAAAGAUGUACGAGGUGAAGAGACAGGUUACCGCGACCGGUCUACCGGCUGAUUUGACGGAUGUGGAUAUUUUGCAAUUCGCCCUCACUCUCGAGAAUCUGGAAACAGCCUUCUAUCAACAAGGAUUUGCCAAGUUCCCCGACUCCGACUUUACCGCUCUGGGUCUCACAACCCAAGAUAUCGCCAAUUUGAAAAUGGUCGCCAUGACGGAAGCGACUCACGUUACUACUCUCAUGACUGCCAUUUCUGCCGCGGGCACCCAACCCGUCGCACCGUGUACUUACAACUUCGGCUUCACCACCGCCCAAAAUAUGAUCGCUACAGCCAACGUCCUGGAAAACAUCGGCGUGAGCGCCUAUCUCGGUGCCGCGCCCUUAAUCAGCAGCAAAGCGGUUCUCACCGUCGCAGCAGAAAUCGUCACCGUCGAAUCUCGCCACCAGACAUUCAUCCGCACCGCAUCGAAAGUGUCCGCCGUCCCCUCUGCCUUCGACACUCCCCUCGGCAUCCGCAAUGUCUUCUCCCUCGCCGCCCCCUUCAUCUCUUCCUGUCCGCAAGGCUCCAAUUUGGCAGUCACGCCUUUCCCGGCGGUGACGCUGACGACGGCGAAUGAGGCGAUCACUCCGGGCUCCACAUUGCAGCUCACGACGACGGCGCAGGGCGCCACGGCGUGUGCGUUUACGAAUGGUGGACAGACGGGCGGUACGGCGUUUACGGCAUUUGCGAAUGGAGCGUGUACCGUGCCGCAGGGAUUAGCUGGGGAUGCGUAUUUGAAUUUGGCGAGUCAGAUGCCGACGACGGGGGUGCUGACGGAUGAUAUUACGGUGGCGGGACCGUUGGUUUUGGCGAUUUCGUAGAGGGGUGGAAAGUAUGGGGGUUGGUUGGAAUGAGGGGAAGGUGGAGAGGAGAAGAUGAGAGAAGGAAAGAAAUAAGUGAUAGAUAACUUACUUGAAAAUCUAAGCAUGAGUUAUGGGAUGAGAAUGGGAUGUUGAGAAUCAUACGUACAGAUGAGAUUGGGCUAAUUUCUGACGCGGGAAAAGAUUUGAUGGAUUGGUUGGUUAUCUUAGAAAAAUACAGGACUUCAAUGUCGGAUGAGA